AAAUUCAACCAGUCAAACCAGCAUGGCUCGCGUUUUUUCCCACUUUAUUCGUCGGCCGUGUAAAGUGUAAGCGGAAACCAAAAUUUGUUGAUAGUGUAAGUGUUGAAUAAAUUGCGAACCUGAGUCUGCAUCGGCGUGCAUCACGUGAGUUGCGUCGUGCGUGAUUUUAGCCAAUCCGAAGCGUUCGAGUCGUGCGGCCGGUUCCGUUGCCGCUCUGCGACAAAAUACAAAUGCGUGUGUGAGGCGCCGGGGCCGAAAAGUGCCGCAAAAAUCGUGCGCAUGCCCUCGGCGUCAGGUUAGUUUUCGGUUUUCCGUGCGCGCGGAUCGCGUGCGCGCCAGGCCCAGCCAGCUGUGGAGCUGCCCGACAGUGCGCGAGACCGCUUCGUACCGAGCGAACCGGGUUUUGGAAUUCCUUCUUCGCAAGGUGGCGUGGUGCGUGCCGCGAGUGUGUACUUCUUGGGGGAGCACAACCAAACUUCACAAUGGAGAAGGAAAACCUCAUCGACAAUAUGGAUGAUAUUCGCGGUGACAAAGCGGAUGUCCGGUACCAUGGGGAUUUAGCCAAUGGUUACAUUAAAAACGGCAAAAUGGUUGUCCCCACAGUGGUAAAUGGCACCAAUGGCUAUACAGUGACUAAACGCACUCUGGAUCCAGCCAAAUCAAACAAAGCGAGGAUGAACAAAACUACAUUAUCAAAUGGUGACGCACAUCAUGAUUUAUACAACGCUAAACCAAAGAAGGAAAUGCUCGAAUCCUUUGAGCGGCCGAGUAUUAUAACGGCUUUCCUAACGUAUAUGGGAUUUUACAUCCUGAUGUUCCUCGGUUACAUGAGCCAGGCCCUGUUUCCACCGAAAAUGACACAGCAGAAGAACCGCGCUGGUUAUCCAGCCCUCUACAAUAAAUUCGUCACUUUCUAUUCGCUGUAUCUAUACCGACGCAUCAGGGACUGCUGGAAUUAUCCCGUGUGCAGUGUGCCUGGCGCUGAAAUUGUGCUCAAAGACCGCAUUACCGAGGAUCACGGAUGGACAUUCAAGUACACCGGUGGUGAGACAAAGUGCCUGAAUUUGGGCUCGUACAACUAUCUCGGUUUCGCCGAGAAUAAGGGCCCGUGCGCGAACGCAGCGAUCGAUGCAAUUCAAAAGUACGGUGUAUCGACGUGUGCCAGUCGACAGCGGUAUGGCACGUGUGAUCUGCACGUGGAGUUGGAGAAACUCACCGCUGAGUUUUUAGGCGUCGAGGAUGCAAUUACCUUUGGCAUGGGUUUUGCUACCAAUGCCUUGAAUCUGCCCGUGAUUUUGUCUAAGGGGUGCCUUGUUUUGAGUGAUAGCAAAAAUCACGCGUCGUUGAUUUUGGGCAUUAGGUUAUCUGGAGCGACAGUUAAAGUUUUUGAACAUAACGAUAUAAAUGAUUUGGAAAGACUCCUCAAAGAAGCAGUUGUGUAUGGUCAAAAUUCCUCUUCGAAGAAAGCUCAUCUUCCCUGGAAAAAGAUAUUGAUUAUUGUUGAGGGUGUCUACAGUAUGGAAGGCACUGUUGUGCGUUUGCCUGAGAUUAUUAAACUGAAAAAGAAGUACAAGGCAUAUCUGUAUUUGGAUGAGGCGCAUUCAAUUGGGGCCAUGGGUAAAGCAGGUCGUGGCGUGAUGGAUUAUUUCGGUUGUGAUCCAAGGGACAUUGACCUAUUGAUGGGGACUUUUACCAAGAGUUUUGGCGCAGCGGGAGGUUACAUUGCGGGCAACAGAGAUGUUAUUUCCUGUAUAAGAAAAUACAGCCAAGCGUCCAAAUUUGCAACAGCAAUGUCUCCACCAGUAGCCGCACAGAUUAUCACCGUGUUCAAAAUUCUCAUGGGUAAAGAUGGAACUGGCGAGGGUCUGAAACGCAUCAAUACACUUGCACGUAACACGAAAUAUUUCCGACGACGCCUGGCUCAAAUCGGUGUCGUCGUUUAUGGCAACGAGGACUCACCGGUUGUACCAAUUCUAGUCUACAUGUAUUCAAAAAUUACUGCGAUGGUGCGGACGUUACUUAAAUACAAAAUCGCCUCCGUUGGUGUUGGUUAUCCUGCUACACCACUGAUGGAAGGACGAAUUCGUAUCUGUUUGUCAGCGGCGCAUACCAAAGAACAAUUGGACUACGCUCUCGACACGAUUGACAAGGUUGCCGAUGAAUUGGGGCUGAAAUACUCGCGCAAAAAGAGGGACCUUACACCCAUUGACUAUGACACACUCGAAGUCUAAUCUGGAAUGUGCUCAAUCAUUCCAUACGUAAUGCGAAAUUUGACGUCACACUCGACGCGAGAUAAGACGAACACAUUCACCAAAAUCUAGGACUGCGUUUGAUUGAGAUUGAAAUCACGCGAAUUUCAAUGUGAUUUAUGUCUGAUUACUUGUUUUAUAAAUUUUCCGUUUGUGUUUUAAUCUGUUCUCGUAACAUUUUUAUAUUUCUAGACAAAUUUCACAAAACGUUGCUAAAUCUGAUAUUCAGUACAAAAUUCAACGCAAGUUGCGUUUGCGACUUAAUUGUGUGUUUCAUUUUUUUGAAUUCUAUUCACGUUGCUAUUGACGUGGCGGUGCUCUUAUGACUUCUUCAUUUGUAACUUAGAUUUGCUAGUUGUCGACGGUUCGAUCGCAAGUACAAAUAACACUUACUCGCUCUUUAAGGCUAUUCGAAACUUAGGUUAUUCAGUAGCGACGUAAAAAGUUCAAGUUUAAAGGAAUAUUAAUACGCAGUAUCCGCUAGGGUUGUUCUGUUUUCACGACGGAUUUAGAUCCGAUCUUCUAGACAAUUUUUCAAUAUUCAAAGCAUUCCAUGCACUUCUCUCGAUACAGGUAUAUCAUUAUUUAUUUAUCUAGCUAGAUAGAACAAUUGUCCUGCACAACUUAAAUAACUACAUAAUUCAGGUGCCAUGCGAUUUCAUAACGAACGUUUCGCCCCCACACCCUUUUCGGAUUGUUACGCUGUUGAUCCACGCAGUAGUUAAUUAUAAGAUAUUGUGAUAAAUACCGAUGAUUAAACAUUACCAUUCGCAUUCACACAAACACUGGGCAUUAACAUGUGGUGAGGAUAACAACGGGACAUAUCUGCAUGCAAUACAAAACUUUCGAAACGAAAUGACGAAGUGAACUUUUUGAUUUAUAUGUAAGGCAGUAUUACAUGAUGCAUAAUGUGAGCGGUAUAACGGUGAAAUUGUAAGAAGACAUGCCGAAUUUAACAUGAUGAUGUGAAUAAAUUUGUUUGCUUUUUUCAUACGUGGUCGUGCUUGUUAUUUGUAUAUUUGUACACAAUAUUUUGCUACAAUAAACAUUGUUCCAAUAAUUA